AUGCCCUCUAGACCUGGUCAAUCCACCUGGAACCACCUUUCUCAUGACCAGAUGGAGGCCAUGUUGGCCCAAAUUCAUCUUGAGAUGAAGAAACUUCGUACAUGCAAUCGAUUGGAAAUCAACUUCCGGCAACUUCACCUGGAGCAUCGCAUGGACCUCACAGAGGCAUCUGACAGUGCCAUGUCCAUGCAGGUUGAUCAGAUUGAACAGGACAUGCAUAUGCAGUAUGUACUCCUCUCUGAGUGCACCACUGAAGUAAGAGGCAUUGUUAGGUAUCUGAGGAAGCAGAGAUUCAGUCAAGCUACAGUGUCACCUCCACUGGCAUUCAAUCCACCCCCCAUCACAGCUCCUGGCCCAUCCAUCAGUGUAUUUGCCUGCACUGUGACCAACAAUGUCUUCACUCCAGAUGUAUCUUGGAUGGGUGCCCAGACCGGUAAUGAUAUGUUUGGUGAUACUGCAGAUGGCUCACUGGUCGCAAGGCACAACCAGGUGUCAUCCACUCCCACCAACAUCCUACCGUUGACCACAAGGGAAUCUAGCUUGUCUGUUCCUCUGGUUGUGUCACCACCUGGGCAAUCUCCUGAUCUCCCGGUCACUGGACCAUCAAGUGUGCUGGCUGAUGCACAGUCCAUCUUGGCUCCUUUGCAACACCCACAAUAUGGACCUCUAUUGCACCAAGGUCGAUCAGUGAGUGCUAGAUAUCCAUGCAAGCCUUCUGGUGAUUGGACACAGUAA